GCGAGCAGAUGCUGAGCCGGAGAGCCAUCAUUUCACAGAGAGACCAGACAGAGGAGGCGGUGUCUGCUCUCAGUCCUCAUCAGCUGUGGCUGGAGAAGGCCGGUGUGUGUCUGAGUCUGAACCUGUUUCAGCCUGCUAAAGUCCUGCUGACUCACACACACCUGACAGCCAAGGCGCUUGGAGACCGGCUGUCAUUGGCUAAGAGUUUACACCUGCUGGCGGUUCUGGCCAAUCAGGAGCAUCGGUUCGGCGAGGCUCUCGCUCUGCUGCAGGAGGCACAAGAGAUCGGAGAGACGAGGAGUUCUGCUUCCUGCUCACUCAGACGCUCCUAA